AUGUCUUUAUUACCCUCUCCACCCCUUCUCAAAAAUCAAUCCGAUUUUUCUCAACAACUGUUGCAGUUUGCACGAAAUUCUCUAUUACCUUCAUGGCUUGCAAGAUCAUGUACUCAAUUAGUGAUCCAUCCACUCUAUAGAGCUCAAAUUGUGUUGCAAACACAGGCUUGCUCUCGCAUACCCGAAGACGAAAAAUUGAAUCAUUUUCAUGAGAAAUUUAGUGCUCCGACGUUGAUAGCGGUUGAUGAUGGAUUUUUUAGUUUAUGGAAGACUUUGGUGUAUAAUAUGAUGAAAAGUGUUCCAACGAUCGUGGUUCAAUAUGUGUUGCAGAAAUUUGUGUUAUCUCGAGUGGAGAAUGAAAAUUUGAAAAUUGCCUUGUCUGCUAUUGCAAGUGAUAUCUUGUUAUAUCCUUUGGAUUUAAUUGAAGUGGUUUAUAUGGCUGAUCGAUCGGAAGAGGGUAAAUUUGUUGGAGGACAAACAUUUCAAUUCCGAGGACUUUUUGAUUGUGUGCUUCAAAUGUAUCAACAAGCACGAGAGGAACUGGAGAUGAAAUCGUCAUCACCCUCUAAUUUCUUUUCAAUUCUGUCACAAGCAUACUAUAAGGGAUUUUUAUUUAGAACUUUAUGUGUUUCUACACCAACACAUUUACUCAAUGCCUAUGUGGAGAAUAGAAUUCAACAAAAGGGUGGCUUACUGAAAAAUCAUUGGCGCAAAGUAUUGACCAGUGGAGGAACAAAGGCCUUUUAUUCGGAAUUGUCAGAAACUCUAAGCUCUCCCACCGACUACUUUAAACAAAAGUUGACAUUUAUCAUCAAGAGUUAUUGGUUGAAGAGUAUUAUUUACUUGUUGUUGUACCCUUUGGAUACUGUUUCUCGUAAGAUGCAAGUGAAUGGCCAACCAGGAUUCUUAAGAAAAUAUACAGGAUUGAAAGAUUGUUUCACCACAACUUUUUUCGAAGAAUGUUCAGAAAAUAUCAAAGACAUGACCAUCAAUAAUGGUUUCUUUAAUGGAUAUCUUUUCAGAAGUUUGGCCAUUCCACUCUCUCUCAUCAUUCCAGCACUUGUUGUGAAAUUUGUUGGAAACUCCUCCAAUGCAGCAAGUUCCAAGAAAUUUAGUUUACUUUCUUAA